UUCUAUUUGAAGAGUGUGAUCUGUUUUUUCUCAGGCGCACCUUGUCCCCUCCUCAAAUUUUUACCCACACUCCGCGCAGUAGCCGGCUACUAUUCGCGGUUGUAUAUUUUGUUUGUUGUAAAGGGAGAACCUACGAACGUGUAGACACUUCAACGAAGUUACUUUUCGGCACAAGACUUUCGGCGCCCACUGAAGUUGACUUGCUAAUUUUUCUUUUCAUCUUGGGACAUGACCGCAAUGGCUUCCCCGGCUUCCUCUGCUCUUCUCCCGUCCGCUCCCGUCGGCCACCAUCCGCCCCCGAUCUCCACCUCUCCGGCCAACAACUCUCCGCCACCUGCGGCCACCUCCACCUCCUCUUCCCCGACACCUCCCGCCGUGGCGCACCCGGCGCUGCUUCACCCCUUCAGACCCGAUCUCCUACUCCCACUCCCGAACGGCGGGACCACAUCGAUCAACGCCAUCAAAAAGACCAGCGUCGUCCCGACGAUCAGCGCGGGCAAACCCGCGUAUGCCACCCCGUCGCCGGUGGAGAACACGCCACAGAACAACGAGUGCAAACUGGUGGAGGUGAAAGGUGCCAAGCUGGCCUCUUUCACGGUGAAAGACGCCGAGCUGAUUUGCCUGCCCCAGGCGUUCGACCUGUUCCUCAAGCACCUGGUCGGGGGGCUCCACACGGUGUACACCAAGCUCAAGCGACUGGACAUAACCCCGGUGGUGUGCAACGUGGAGCAGGUCCGUGUGCUCCGCGGGCUCGGGGCGAUCCAGCCAGGGGUGAACCGCUGUAAACUCAUCUCCAUCAAGGACUUCGAGGUACUCUACAACGACUGUACCAACGCAAGCUCGAGGCCUGGCCGACCGCCGAAGAGGCUCCAGAGUGUGACAUCUUCAGAGUGCGGCUCCCACAUGGUGUCUCACAGUGGGCUUAUGUCUGCUGGUAUGAUGCCCCCUGCAGGUCUCUCUGCUCUGGCCAAGAAGAUCAAGUUGGAGGUGAUGAGUGGUUACCAUGGCAGCCAGCGGCAUGGAGGCCCAAACGGAGAGAAUGGUGAUCACAACCCCGGUCUAGGUCUGGAUCAGCUGCCCUUCAUGAUGAUCUCACAUCCACUGAUACCCGCUAGCCUGGGGCAGGCCUCCGUUUCUAUGGCGAUGGGCCAGAUGAACCGACUCAGCACAUUGGCCAGCAUGGCCAACGCGGCGCAGCUCCACCACCAUGCCAGCCACCAGGCCAGCCACCAGGCCAGCUUGCAGGCCCGCCUCCCGGCCUCCGUCAUCAAGGAGCGAGUCCGGGACAGCCCCUCCCCUUCUGCCUCAUUGGACGACGCCCAGGUGUCUUCCAAUCAGGACAGCAGCGUGUCAAGCUCACCGAUACACAUGGACCGCACCGGAGAAGCCACACACCUCCACUUUGAUGGACUGUCAGCCAACCUGAGUGUGUUGGGCCACUCCCCCGGUCUGGGCCCCGGGUCCAGAGGUACGGACCUGGCAGCACUAGAGUACAGCUUCAAGGACAGCAAACGGAACCAGGCCGAACGCGACCCUGGUUCCAUGACGAACGUGACAGGCAGGGAGGACAGACAGAGCUACCAGGCCCAGCGGCUGGUGCUGGGAGGCUGUGAGAGGAACGUGUACCCCAGUGGACAGAAGUUCCAGGCGGGCCUCAACGCUCCCUUCAUCUUCCCGGAAGGACUGUCCUCCAUAGAGACCCUGCUCACCAACAUCCAGCAGGGUCUGCUGAGAGUUGCCAUAGAGAACGCCCGGGCCCAGGAGAAGCAGGACCAGCUGGAGCGGACGGAGCUGAAGAUGGAGCUGGUGCGAGAGCGGGAGCUCAGGGAGACCCUGGAGAGACAGCUCAGCGUGGAGCAGAAGAACCGAGUGCUGAUUCAAAAACGCUUGAAGAAGGAGAAGAGGAGUAAGAGGAGGCUUCAGGAGGCCCUGGAGGAGGAGGUGAAGCUCCGCGACCAGGCCGAGACCAGCCUGAUGCACGCCGGAGACACCCCCACAGAUUUACUGACCCAGGAAGUAGAUGGUAGUAACCAUGACGACAACAGGCUGGACUCCAAUGCAAUGGUACACGGUACAGAUAGCCGAGUGUUCCUGCAUGCUACUGGCAUGUACUGAAGUCCAGACCUGGGUGGAUGGAUGGACGGGUGGAUGGAUGUGUGGGCAGACGGAUGGAAGGAGGAAUGCAUGGGGAGACGACGGACACGGGCGUGGCUGGAGGGAUGGAUGGAAGUGUGGAUGGA